CCCGCGCGCGCAUGAGGAAGCGCGCUCGGCCUGAGCCACGGGGGCGCGCCGCGCUCACGAGAGCAGGACCGCGGCGGCGGAGCGCCCCAUGUGGAGCGCGCUGCCCCGCCCCGCCCCGCCCCCUCGCUCCCGGGGCUCGCGGGCACCUGGAGUCAGGAUUGCCUCAAGUUUGCAGCAUUAGCACCAGCUGGGGAGGACCAGACAUGUCCGAAGUGAAGAGCCGGAAGAAGUCCGGGCCCAAGGGAGCCUCCGCGGAGCCCGAGAAGCGGGGCGACCUCGGGAAGAGCCCCGAGGCCCGGGGCGGUGGAGGCGGGGGCUGGGCGGACCCCCGGACCUGCGUGAGCCUGCUGUCGCUGGGGAUGUGCCUGGGCCUGGCCUGGUUUGUAUUUCAGCAGUCGGAGAAGUUUGCAAGGAUAGAAAACCAAUACCAGUUACUGAAAAUAGAAACCAAGGAGUUCCAAAGGCUUCAAAGUUCAGUCGGUUUAAUUUCAGAAAAGCUUGAGUCUACUCAAAGUGUCCUGCAGGAAGCUACAUCAUCCAUGUCUUUGGUGACCCAGUUUGAGCAGGAAGUAUCCAGCCUCCAGAGUAUCUUACAUGACAUUCAAAGUAGUGAAGAGGUGCUCACUCAAAAGAUGCAAAGCCUUAAUAAGAAAUUCCAGAAUGUUACAGAUAUCUGGAAGAGAAGCCUAGAAGAAAUGAAUGUUAAUACAGAUAUUUUCAAAUCAGAAUCAAAACACAUACAUUCUCAAGUUACUGUCCAAAUUAACUCAGCUGAACAAGGAAUAAAAUUGCUUACUGAAAGGCUAAAAGAUUUGGAAGACAGCACACUGAGAAACAUUAGAACAGUAAAAAGACAAGAAGAAGAGGAUCUUCUGCGAGUAGAGGAGCAGCUUGUCUCUGAUACAAUAGCAGUUGAAAAGUUAGAAGAGCAGCAGCAUGCCCUCUUUGCCAGAGACGAAGACCUGACUAAUAAACUGUCCAACUAUGAACCCAAAGUUGAAGAAUGCAAGACACAUUUGCCAACAAUUGAAAGUGCUAUUCGCUCUGUUCUGAGAGUCUCUCAGGAUCUGAUAGAGACAGAAAAGAAAAUGGAAGAUUUGACUACUCAGAUGUUUAAUAUGGAAGAUGACAUGCUGAAAGCAGUCUCUGAAAUAAUGGAGAUGCAGAAAACCCUUGAAGGAAUUCAGUAUGAUAAUAGCAUAUUAAAGAUGCAAAAUGAACUGGAUGUUCUAAAAGGAAAAGUUCAUGAUUUUAUAGUCUAUUCAAGUACAAGAGAAAAGGGAACUUUAGAAGAUUAUAAUCUAGAAAAUGAAGGAAAAAUUGAUAGUGAGUUUUAAAUGCACUACAUUUAUUCUGAUGAGUCACAUUGUUAUACAUAAAUUGAUGAGUUCUAUGCUUUUGUGCUAUUUUGAUAUCUCACUUUAUCCUAGUGAGAUGUCCACACAGAUGAAUUAUCCAUACAUCCAAAGCUUAUCUUUUUAAGCAAUAAAACAUUUCAUUUUAACCAUUUUAAAUAAGAAUAUUUCUAAAAUAUAUAUUUCCCCACUUUUUAAAUCAAUAUACUUAAUAUUUUUUAAAGUUUUUCUAAUAAUGAAUGGACAUCAUUAUGAAUCUCACCAGUUAUACUGGAUCUAAAUACAUUAAUACCUCUAGAAGCUAUUGAGGAGUGUUUACCUCCUCACGAAAUGACCUGUUUUUUUUCAAACGUAUGUCUACUAUACCUUUUUUGUUACCUGAAAAGGUGACCCACUGACCUGAUCUUACUGUAGGUUGGUUGGUGAUAAUGCCUGCUUAAGCCAGUUUUUCAUUUCCUUUGUAAUUUUGCAGGCCAAGAAUCCAGACAACCAGGUUAAUAGGAAUUUUAUCUAAAAAAAAAAACAUGCCCAAGGGAGAGCCUGGAGUACUUCAUUAUGAAUUAAUAUGCACUUUUUGAAAACUAUGGAGCCUGGGAAAUGUUUUUACUUUUUGUUAAGGUUCCAAACUGUUACAGAUACUUGUAAGAAUUUUUAAAGAGGAGUAGAUAUGUUGUUAUUGAAGGCUUUUCAUAUGAAUUAAGUGUGUAUGCUUUGAAGAAACUUCCUUGGACUAUCUUCAUAUACCUGGGCUUUUUUUUUAAGGUUCUACCUGUGUUAUAGACUCUAGAGUUUGUUACAUACAUAAUCUCUAGACAUAUUUUUCUACUUACAAUAAAAAGUAUACCAGUAAGCCUGUGGCCUAUUUAAAGAGGAAAAAGCAGCAUAAUGAGAAAUUGUAAUUAUGGUAAUUAAAAGUAUGUUGUUAGAGUCCCCAAACAAAUUAUCCAACCAAAUUCAUUUUACAUAGUGACUUUAUUUUACACAAAAUUAUAUAAUGGAGUCACAAGGAGUAAGAAUGGACAUACUGAGAUGAGAUUAAGGGGAGGGCUAGUUGGAUUUUUCCAAUAAUAAUUAGAAGUGUGCAGGAUUGGAAGAUCACAUGACUUUUAUUGGUAAGCUGAUUUAUCAAGUGUCCAAGCUUGCUGUUGAAAACUGAGUCGACUGCACAUGGAAGUACUGUUCUUGUUUCUUCUUAUCAAUAACCAACUGUAUUCCCAGUUUUAUAAUGCAAUUUCAGUGGAAUUAAACACAAAGAACUUGAAAGCGGUUACGGAAAUUAGUUGUGGUCAGGUCGUUUUAUGAUGUAACUGCACCUUUUUGGAAGAAAAUCCCAAGCAAGUUCUACUUUUGAGUUUAGGAGUGCUUAUGGUAGUCAGCCACAGGUCAUAAAAACAAACCUGGAAGAGUGCUGCUAUUAAGGGGCAUAGCAUUUAUUUCAGAAAACAUUACAUUUCUUGACUUCGAAUGUCUUAAGUUCUCAUCUAUGUGCACAGGCAAAAUUGGAUUUUGCUUUUAUUUUCAUGCUAAGAAAAUAAAAUAAGCAGGGACUGUUGUUCUAAUCUCCAUCCUGUCAAAGCAGAUGUGAUCUCUUGUACUCUUCACUUUUAUGUAUAUAUUUUUGGCCUAUCACUAGGUUUGAUACACCAAAUGCUGUAUUGUAUUUCAGGAGAAAACUGUUGGGUCUCUGUUUAUACACAUGCGUACAUUCUUUUACUCAGAGGUUUUCCUAUAAAAAGUUGUCCUUAGAGAGACUGAGACCUACAGUAGUCCCCCCCAUCCUCGGCUUCACUUUCCACUGUUUCAGUUCCCUGCAGUCAGCUGCAGUCCAGAAGCAGAUGGUCCUCCUUCUGAUGACCUACCAUCAGAAGGUGAGUGGUAGCUUAACACUACAUCACAGUACCUGUCAUUCACUUCACUUCAUCUCAUCACGUAGGCAUUUUAUCACCUCACAUCAUUAUAAGCAUGAAUACAACAAAAUAAGAGUUUGAGACCACAUUCACAUGACUUUUAUUAUAGCAUAUUGUUAAAAUUGUCUAUUAUUGUUAAUCUCUUACUAUGCCUAAGUUAUAAAUUAAACUUUGUCAUAGGUAUAUAUGUAUAGGAAAAAGCAUUAUACAUAGGGAUUGGUACAAUCCAGUUUCAUGCAUCCACUGGGGGUCUUGGAACAUAUGCCCUGUGGAUAAGCGGGGACUACUGUACCUAAUUUGUCUUCCUCUGUUUCUUACAUUCACUUAACAGACACUUGAAAUUUUAAAAAACUUUCUUGUGCAUCAAAUAUUAAAUAAUAUUAUUAAGUCUUUCUUUUAAGGAAGAUUACCAUAUUCUAGGAUACAUUUUUGCAUCUUUGUAAUUGAUAAUAAAUUUUACAUCAAUUUCUGAUAGCACUGGGCACUUUUUGAUUUAGCUGAAAUAAAUCACUUCUACAAAACACCUAAUUUUUUUUUACGAAACACCUAAUUUUUUAACCUUAAGAUGUAAAGUUUAAAUGUAUUUUUGUAGUGCUUUCUUUAAACUUUGCCUAAUGAUUAGAAGCUGUUAAGUGUAUUUUAUAUUUUAUAAUGAAAAAUGUUAAUUUAUUAACCUAUAUUCUAUAGAAAGCUAAACUUGUAAGAUACAAAGUUAAUGGCAUUAUUUUUCAUCUCAACCUAAUUGUAGACUUUUGUAUGUAUAAUCUUGACCAGAGCUUAAUGUCAUUAUAAAA